AUGACCUCACGUUCUGUAUAUGAGGCGUUUGAUCGUGUGUGGGUGAAGAUGGAAGGCUACGACUGGUGGCCGGCCCGCAUUGUGAGUGAUGAGGAACUAGACGCCAGUGCCCAGACCCGCCCAGACGGCUGUGAUAUCACUGUUCUCUUCUACGAAGGCACCGCAACCCCCGCGAGUCUCGAGCACUUUGACAGCGCCACGGCGAACAUUACAUUCUUCGAAACUUCUUCAGAGAAGGCCGUCACGGCGGAUGCCGAUCGACUCGCGGCGAUUCGACGAGCCGAAACAGAUGAAACGGCGAAUCCUCUCAAAUAUAAUUUUUCCACAAGUGAACGGGCGGGAAUGACAAGUGCAGAGACGGGAACAGCAGCCGCAUUAGGUGGUUCAACAUCCACACGACGAAGUGCGGGGGGUUCUACACAAAAACAAAUGCAACGACCGGUGAGUAAACGCAGUCGUGAAGUGGAUUUGGAGGAUAAACAUACCGGCGUCCCAUCAUUACAACUUUUACCAGAUGAGAAACUCAUUGAUAUUGCAGAACACAUUCAAUCCGCAGUGGAGGCGAAUGAUUUACCAUCAUUACGUAUUGAACUCUGUGAUCUUGACAACGUCAGCGUUACGGUUCGUCAACUGGAGAGCACAAAGAUUGGAGUGGCGGUGGGAAGUAUUCUUGGACGGCGGGAAUUGGAAAAGAUGUGGCCCUUAGCACGUGCCAUUAUCUCCUCCUGGGCCCGGGCAUUGCCUGUUGAAACUAUAGAAGCCAUUAAACGGCACCAACAGUACCGUCUUGGUAGGCGACAGGAUGCUGCCAAUAAUGCGGCAACCAUGGAAGAAGAUAUUGGGAGUCCUGUACAGGCAGGCGCCCCAUCAUUUGUGAACUAUUCUACUACUACUACUGCUACUACUACUACAGCAACAACAAAUACUACUACGACUACAGCACAAACGAAUGAAGAACCUGUACGAGGUCGCUUUGUACAUCGUAUUCGAAAGCUGCUGGACAAUCCAACAGACCCGUCCAUUCCAAAUGUCACCUCAGCUGACUUGGAUGCUGUGGCGGAGGAACUUUGUCGUGAUGUGGUGGAGCCGGAGGACCGUAAACAUCUGCAGAUGCAAUUGGAGAAGCCUGGAAUGGUCCAGCUGCGGCGGGAUUUGGCUACACGCACAUUAACUGGAAAAGAAUUUCUGAAACUUCCACGUUCUGCACUCAUGACAGAAGAAGAGAAACGCAAGGAGGAGGCUCGUAUUACAAAAAUGAUUGAAGAUCAAGAGAAGGUGAAAUUGGCAAAUGUGGCCAUUACAAGUCUCUUUAAGUGUCCGAACUGUGGUAAUAACCGCUGCUCGUUCUUUGAGCAGCAAAUACGCUCAGCGGAUGAGCCAACAACGAAAUUUGUGACAUGUUUGGAGUGUAAGAAUGCAUGGACUACUGAGUGA